AUGGUUGAUCUCUCAGACAACAGUUUCACAGGUGUAAUUCCUGAAUCACUAGGUAACUUAGAGUACCUUGAGGUUUUGAACUUGGAGCUGAAUAAUUUUAUCAGCGAUUCAUCGUUGAGAUUCCUUACAUCAUUAACAGACUGUAGGAAACUAAGAGCACUCCGGUUUAAUGAGAAUGCAUUGGAUGGGGCCUUAUCGGCGUCUGUUGGUAAUUUCUCAAACUUGCUGCAAAAUUUUCAAGGAAAUGGCUGUAAGCUAAAGGGCGUCAUUCCUCGAGAAAUUGGUAAUCUUACAGGAGUGAUAUAUAUGAGUUUGUAUAAGAAUGAGUUGACUGGACAUAUUCCAAAUACUAUCCAAGACAUGUUUAACCUUCAAGAAUUUUAUCUACAAAGCAACGAGAUUGAAGGAGCCAUACCAAAUGUUUUAUGCAGUUUAAAGGAUCUUGGUGCAUUAGACUUGUCAGGAAAUCAUAUUUCUGGUUUGGUACCCUCAUGCUUAGGGAAUGUUACUAGUUUGAGGAAACUUAAUCUAGCUUACAACAUGCUGAAUUCUAGAUUACCUGCAAACUUGGGGAACCUUCAAGACCUCAUAGAAUUCAAUGUUUCAUCCAAUUCAUUAAGUGGUCAUAUUCCUCUAGAGUUGGGAAAUUUAAAGACAGUGACACUCUUUGAUUUGUCAAAAAAUUAUUUUCCUGGUAAAAUUCCUAGCACUUUAGGGGGUCUAGCUGAAUUGGCUGAUCUUUCUCUAGCACAUAAUAGAUUAGAUGGGGCUAUUCCAGAUUCAUUUGGCAAAAUGUUGUCACUGGAAUACUUGGAUUUAUCGUAUAACAAUCUUAGUGGUGAAAUUCCAAAGUCAUUAGAAGCUCUUGUGUAUCUCAAAUACAUGAAUUUCUCAUUCAAUAAACUCAGUGGAGAAGCCAAGAGGAAAAAGAGUGCUUAUCGGUUUAUAUACAUUGUUAGGGAUUGGAUCACUCCUUGUCAAGGGAGUAAAGGGAUACUUAAGGAUGGUACUCUUUUGGCAGUAAAGGUAUUCAAUGUGCAAUUGGAGGGUGCAUUCAAAAGUUUUGCCAUGGAGUGUGGGAUACUCCGGAACCUUCGCCACAGAAAUCUGACCAAAGUCAUCACCAGCUGCUCCAAUCUUGAUUUCAAGGCCCUGGUGUUGGAAUACAUGCCCAACGGGACACUUGAUAAAUGGUUAUACUCUCACAACUUGUUCUUGAACUUAUUGCAGAGAUUAGAUAUAAUGAUAGAUGUUGCAUCUGCAAUGGACUAUCUCCACAAUGGCUAUUCAACGCCUAUUGUGCAUUGUGACUUGAAGCCAAGCAAUGCCUUGCUAGAUCAAGAAAUGGUUGGUCAUGGAAGUGAUUUUGGCAUUGCAAAAUUGUUAGAUGCAGGGGAGGCUUUCGUUCAAACAAGAACAAUUGCAACCAUCGGAUAUAUUGCUCCAGAGUAUGGACAAGAUGGAAUAGUAUCCACAAGUUGUGAUGUUUAUAGUUUUGGCAUUCUGAUGAUGGAGACAUUCACAAGAAGAAGACCAAGUGAUGAAAUAUUUCCAGGGGAUGAACAAAUUGAUGCAAAGAUGCAAUGUUUGUUAUCAAUUACAGAAUUAGCUUUGAGUUGCACUUUAGUGACACCUAAUGCAAGAACUAGCAUGAAAGAUGCACUUUCAACACUCCAAAAGAUUAGGCUCCAGCUUGUCAGUAGUCAACACUAG